ACACAGAAAAACUCCUGGUGAAGAUGCUGACAUCUACGUGACACAUUAUUAUAAAGAUGGCGUUUAUUAAAGAGGAGAGUGAAGAAAUGAAGAUUGAAGAAACAUUCAGAGUGAAAAGAGAAGAUACUGAGGAACAAACAGAACCGAUGGCGCUGAAAGAGGAGAAUCAAAAACUGUAUGAAGAGAAAGAUCACUAUGAGAUUCACCAUGAUUUCAUAACUGGAGAAAAAUCUUGCUCACAGACUGAAAAUACUUCCUCACAAAAGACGGGAGCUAAAAGUCAUUUCACCUGCCAAGAAUGUGGAAAGAGUUUUAAUCAACAUAGACACCUUGAAGUCCACAUGAGAAUUCACACUGGAGAGAUGCCUUUCUCCUGCCAACAGUGUGGAAAAAGUUUCACUGUAAAAGGAAACCUUAAAAGACACAUGCGAGUUCACACUGUAGAGGAACCUUUCACCUGCCAACAGUGUGAAAAAAGUUUCACUCGAAAAUAUAGCCUUAAAGCCCACAUGAGAAUUCACACUGGAGAGAAGCCUUUCACCUGCCAAGAAUGUGGAAAGAGUUUCAAUCAGAAAUACAGCCUUAAAGUCCACAUGAGAAUUCACACUGGAGAGAAGCCUUUUUCCUGCCAACAGUGUGGAAAGAGUUUCACUGAAAAAGAAAACCUUAAAAGGCAUAUGAGAAUUCACACUGUAGAGGAACCAUUCACCUGCCAACAGUGUGGAAAAAGUUUUACUCAAAAAUACAGCCUUAAAGCCCACAUGAGAGUUCACACUGGAGAGAACCUUUUCACCUGCCAAGAGUGUGGAAAAUGUUUCAUUCAAAAAGAAAGUCUUAAAGUCCACAUGAAAGUUCACACCGGAGAGAAGCCUUUCAUAUGCCCUCAAUGUGGAAAGAGUUUCAGACAAAAAGUAACCCUUAAUUCUCACAUGAGGAUUCACUCAAGAGAAAACUGAGAGUUCACACU